CUCACUAUUUUCUGCCUCUUUCCUAACACUCAUACAGUACAUUGACUGACUGGUGACUCCACUACCUGGAUCCUCUUGCUCUAGUACAAUCCUUCCUUUCCCAGCAAAUUUCUUCUCUUCACUCCUUUCUGCCACUGGCAGUGUUAUGACAGUUUCAUCCUCUCAGUGACUUCCAUUCUCUGACUCUAAUUUCUCAUAUCAUUUGAGAUAAAAAACCCCAAUUAGUUGACAAAUUCUACUUACUCCUCUAUUUUUUUUUAAUCUUAUAAUCUCUCUUUAGAGUUCAGAAUGCCUGUCCUGCUCCAUUCUACUCUUCCUGUUAGGCAGGAACAGCCACUCCUAGAAUGCAAUAUGAACUAAUAUUGCCUGACAAUGAUAAAAUGUAAAUGAUGUAAAUUUGUAUAUCUUGGUAGUUAUCAAAAUUAAAGUUCAUAUGCAAUUGAAGGGUUGGGAGAAAUUAUUUUAGAUAUGAUUCAUAUGAUAGAUUUAUUUCCUUAUGUCUGAGAAAAUAAAAUAAGGAAAGAAAAGGAUCUGCACUCUGUCUACUUAUUGUAGCAACAGUUAUAUGUAAAAUAGAAUAAACCAAGGAUUUAUAACGAUACAGAAUGAACUCCAACGCUGUUCAGUAAGAAGAUACAAAGAGAAGUCAUACAUACAGGAUGUCCUAUUUUUUUCAAGAUUGCAGGACAGGAGUGUCAGCAAACCAUGUGUGGCCAUUCUUCAUAAUAUAUUAUUUAUUCUUGAAACCAAGUAUUCAUGGGGAAAUCCUAUGAGGGAUCAUCUGCUGUGUGUGCAUGAGGAUUACAUAUCACAACUCACAUUACACACAGCCACAAGAUUUGUAGGUGUGCUAGUAUUUUAUUUACAAAACAUAUUAAAAAUGAAAAAUAUUUGCUCCCUUAAAAUAAAAUCUAUACGGAAAUGAGUGCACUUCUCACCAGCAUUUUCAUAACUAUGAAAACAUGGAAAGAAAACUAAUAUAACAACAGUUGAGAAAGUUUUAUUUUGGUCAUUAGAUUCUCACAUUAAAGACAAAUAUAAUUGCAAAUGUCCUUGUAAUUUACUCUUUGCAUGAAGAUGCCCAGACUACCCUGGGAUAGAAGUGAGAAACAUCCUGAAUCCCUGCUGUGUCUACACUUUCUCUUAACUUGUUAAGUACCAUGUUCUGCUGGAAGGACCCCCUGAAACAGCGUCUGACCCAGAAGGAGAUAAAGAAUGCAGUUUUUAAGCAGAUGGCUGUUUACUUGCCCCUCAUAUCAUUCCUUCAGAAAUCACCUCAACUAAUGAUGAUUUUUAAAGAUAAGUCUUCUCAUUUGAUGUCUAUGCCAAAUCUUAGAAUCAUACUGUUUAUUUUAAUGAUCUUAAAAAUCAAGACCAUCCUACGCUGCAAAUACACAGGUAAAAUACAUAACAGAAAGUAGAAUGGAGGUCUUUCUAGGAAGUUCUGGUCCUAGUUCUUUGUUUGAUUCCAGGAUGGAGGGAGCCUGCGGGUGGGAAUAUGGAGGGAGGCCGGAUGCCAUAGAUACUCAGUGCAAGGAAUGUGGCUUAGAGAUAUGCAUCCACAGCAAACAACUAACUAGCCUGCUUUUGCUCUGGCAAAGGUAUUGGCAUGCAGAGGAAAGAAUUAAAAUAAAGAAGCCAACAAAACGACACAAAACAAAAACGUGGAAAGGUAUCUUCUCAGUAUGUGAUAGUAAAAAAACAAAACAAAACAAAAAACAACAACAACAACAACAAAAAAGAGGGCAUUAACUAUAAUUACCUCGGCUAGCUCCUAAAAGUUGUGCUUUCAUGUUCAGCGCCUCUGUCUUGUAGAGUCAGAAGGGAGCAGGCCUGAAACAAGUCAGACAAUUUACCAAACAUUUCCUUUUUAAACGUGGGAGAUCAGUUUUGACGCUGUGUUAGAACCCGAACAGUUGCCAACAGAACUUCCGCCUGUCAUUUCUUCCAGAACAAACAGCUUGGGCUUUCACAGUCACUGGGAUUUCCUAGGUAACGGGAGUGUAAACUUGAGAAAAGGCAGGACCAGCAUAAGAGUGACAGCGAGCUCAGCCAGUCAGACCAUGAGUCUGCUGCAGCAUUUCCAGGCCAUCCAAUUAGCACUGAAAGCUUUGAAGGGCAGGGACACCUUAGGAAGACAGGUAAGAGGGAGGAGACACAGGGCCGGCUGUGGGAGGAUACUAGAGUUCACAGGUGCAGAAGUCUGUGUCCAUAGUUUCAGCUUGAAGCAACCUGUGGCUACAGAUUAGAUUUCAGAUGGCAGGGACAGCACGCCAUGACCGUGAGAUGGCAAUCCAAUCCAAGAAGAAGCUCUCCACAGCUACUGAUCCUAUUGAAAGACUGAGGUUACAGUGCCUGGCCAGGGGCUCUGCAGGCAUCAAAGGACUUGGCAGAGUGUUUCGGAUUAUGGAUGACAACAACAACCGAACCCUUGAUUUCAAAGAGUUUUUGAAAGGGUUAAAUGAUUAUGCUGUGGUCAUGGAGAAAGAAGAGGCAGAAGAACUUUUCCGGAGAUUUGACAGAGAUGGAAAUGGGACGAUAGACUUCAAUGAGUUCCUUCUCACAUUAAGACCCCCAAUGUCCAGAGCCAGAAAAGAGGUAAUUAUGAAAGCUUUUAGGAAGUUAGACAAAACUGGAGAUGGCGUCAUAACCAUUGAAGACCUUCGCGAAGUUUAUAAUGCUAAACACCAUCCGAAAUACCAAAACGGGGAAUGGACAGAGGAGCAAGUGUUCCGGAAAUUUCUGGACAACUUUGAUUCACCGUAUGACAAAGAUGGGCUGGUUUCAAAAGAAGACUUCCUGAACUACUAUGCAGGUGUUAGCGCUUCUAUCGACACAGAUGCUUAUUUCGUUUUGAUGAUGACAAAAUCAUGGAGAUUAUGAAUUUUGCUUAACCAUCUUGUUGGAGGAAAUUGAAAACUCUCAGAGAACAAAAUGAGUUUGUAAGGAGUCCGAUAUUAUGGAUCUUAAUAAGAUGCAAACCAACUCUAGACAAAGAACUACAGGCAACUGAAAACUGCCAAGAGAACUUACUUCCAGUGAUGAGACUUCUGAUUGGUUAGCCAAUGUAUAGUGGUCAGCCCUGAAAUCAUAUACUCCUAAGCAGCUAAAAUGGGCUUAGAAAGUUGUAUUCAUGUAUUUGUGCAUGUAUCUAUCUAUCUAUCUAUCUAUCUAUCUAUCUAUCUAUCUAUCUAUCAUCUAUCGAUCUAUCUAUCUAUCAUCUAUCUAUCUCAAUAAUAAAAGAAAAAGAGUCCAUCAGUUUUAGAGAAAGGGAGGACACAAGAGGGGUUGGAGGGAGGUGACAUGGAAGAGGUUGAAGGGAGAAAAGGGAGGGGGAAGUGAUAUAAUUGUGUUUUAAUUAAAUAUAUUUUAAAAGAUACAAAUUAUAAUGUUUGAAAAAUCUAGAAUUUUAGUUGCAAGAGAUCUCCAGUAAUCUUAUUAAGUACUGAAGUGUAUUCAUCUCCACAAAUGCUUGGGAAUCUAGUUUUAAAUCAGUGUGAAAGGAAGGAACAAAUGAAUGAAGGAAAUUAUGAACUGAGAUUGGGAAGUGGUUUUUGUAUAAAAAUAAAUCACUUGUACUAGAUAUUUCUGUUGUAGAUAUAAAUAUAGAUGCU